AUGUUCAGCAACGAGCCUGUUCGGUCCAGCGUCAAAUCAAAGGCGAAAUGUUACACAUGCCGACGGCAACGGAUCGUGUGUGAUGCCGAGAAGCCGUCUUGUAGGCGAUGUAUAUCCCGAGGAGUGGAAUGUCUGGGAUACUCGGCUACACCUAUUCGCUGGGUGGCGCCUACAUCCACCGUUUCUUCGGAAACACCAGGACUCUCAAACAAGAGCCUUGACAACGGGCAGGAAAAGAGGAAACGAGGACGACCAAAGCUAUUCCUCAUGCAGGGAGCCCCUCAGCAGCCCUCCGGUUCCCAAUCAGAUCCGCAUCGAUCGGAUCAAAAUCUCGAAGCGGAACAAGGUACGCAUGAGUGGAAGCACCGUCGAGAUGGUGUCGUAACUGGAGAGCUCGAUCUAAUCGCCGUGGAACUGCCAGCAGGCGUGCUCGUCGCUCGCUCGAGAUCAGAUCCAAAGAUCCCUCCGUCGUUCUUUUCAAGAGACUACGAGAUGCAUAAACUGGUCCUAGAGUUCUCCAAUUACUUCAACGACCACGUCUGCCCAGAUUUGGUCAUUGUAGAUUCUCCUCUGAACCCAAGCCGGAUGGAUCUCGACAUACUCCCCCAUGUCCCCGAUUUCUUGCUCAGUCUCAUUAUCUCUGUCUGUGCAAUACACCAAGUAAUUCGGUCCCAGGCCAGUUGGCGUCUGAUCUCCCUCAAUCGAUCCCGGGCUCUACGUGCCAAAGUCCACGAUGGCGAAUUGGAACCUUUCCAGUCGUUUCGCCAUCCGUUAAGCGCUCUGAUCUACAAGCACCGGUCGCAAUCGUUACGAGGUUUGAAUCGGUAUCUGUCCGAAGCAGGAGCCGAGGGGUCAGAUCUGGUUUUCCAUACUGUUACUGCGAUGCUCAUGGCCGAGAUUCAAAAAUCGGCAUUCUGCAGCUGGAAAAUCCAUUUUAAAGGUCUGAAGAGCAUCAUUGCGUGUCAAGGUGGAUUUGAAGCGCUGGUAUCCACAAGACUUGGGAAUCUUGGAUAUGCUUUAGGGAACUUCAUGCUAAUCGAUGUAAUGAGCUCAGUAUUCAUGGCCACCUCGUCCUUGCCACUUGACACUCCGUCGCAACUGAGAUAUAUCGACUGGCUGCCGAGGCUACAUUGCGACGGACUUGAAAAAGGAUUCCCAUGCCCCAAUGAGCUCUUAGCAUGUAUCAUCCAUACAAACAACCUCAGAUGGAUCCUUCAACACCAUCCCUGUGACGACAUGGUGCACGUGAACAGUGCUGUUCUGGACCUGGUUCGCAGCAUCAUCACAUUCUCUCCCACGGCUUGGGUCGAACGGGCCCUCGAAUCCUACAAUGAGAGACUCGAGGAACGGGUUGACAGGCAGAGACCACGGAGGCGAUUGAACCUUGUUUCACAGGCCGCUGAAGGCGAGGGCUGGGCCGAUCUUGGCGCUGCAUUCCAGGCAGCUACCUUGCUCUACUGCCUCAGGGCAUUAGUCCUCAAUCAUGGAAAAGGGCACAUCCUUCACGAGUUGUUAUGCAACAUUUAUGAAGGGCUCGUCCCGGAUGUUCAGUGCCUUGUCAACAUGACUCUGAGCAACCUUCUCCGCACGCUUCACCCUUUGAUGGACCAACCGCUCCAAAAAGGCAGGUCGAUGGGCCGCUUCAUGUUCUGGCCCGUGUUCAUGGCGGGGCUGGAAAGUGCCUGUAGUUCUGAGGCGAUGUCAGAGAGGCCGUUCAUUGUCGGCUCUUUGCAGGAGCUUUGUCGAUGCCUCGGCGACCUGAGCGCCCUUGAUGCGGCAGUGUUCCUCCAGUCGGCAUGGCGUCUAGACAAGGAGAGUCAUUCAGGGAACAUGCAAGGAGCGCUCACUUGGGACGACCUUUUUGAAAGAAUGGGCGUGCAUGGUCUCUUCUUUUUCUGA